AUGCGACUGCCAUAUCGAAAUAAGAAGGUCACCCUGUGGGUGCUCUUCGGCAUCAUCGUCAUCACCAUGUUCCUAUUCAAAUUCACCGAACUGCGGCCCACAUGCCUCUUCAAGGUGGACGCCACCAACGAGCUCUCCUCCCAAAUGGUUCGCGUUGAGAAAUACCUCACAGAUGACAAUCAACGCGUUUAUUCAUACAACCGUGAGAUGCCAUUAAUAUUCAUAGGCGGCGUGCCGAGAUCUGGGACGACUUUGAUGCGCGCCAUGCUGGAUGCCCAUCCCGAUGUGCGCUGCGGGCAGGAAACCCGCGUCAUUCCGCGCAUCCUGCAGCUGCGCUCGCACUGGCUGAAGUCCGAGAAGGAGUCACUGCGCCUGCAGGAGGCCGGCAUCACCAAAGAGGUCAUGAACAGUGCCAUCGCGCAGUUCUGUCUGGAAAUCAUCGCCAAGCACGGCGAGCCGGCGCCGCGUUUAUGCAACAAGGAUCCGCUGACGCUGAAAAUGGGCUCCUAUGUCAUCGAGCUAUUUCCGAACGCUAAAUUCCUAUUCAUGGUGCGCGACGGCCGGGCGACUGUUCAUUCGAUUAUAUCGCGCAAGGUGACAAUCACCGGCUUCGAUUUGAGCAGCUACCGGCAGUGCAUGCAGAAGUGGAACCACGCCAUCGAGGUGAUGCACGAGCAGUGCCGGGACAUUGGCAAGGACCGCUGCAUGAUGGUGUACUACGAGCAGCUGGUCCUGCAUCCCGAGGAGUGGAUGCGAAAGAUAUUGAAAUUCCUGGACGUGCCGUGGAACGAUGCGGUGCUGCACCACGAGGAGUUUAUCAACAAGCCGAAUGGAGUGCCGCUGUCCAAGGUGGAGCGUUCGUCGGACCAGGUUAUCAAGCCGGUUAAUCUGGAGGCGAUGUCCAAAUGGGUUGGCCAAAUACCCGGCGACGUGGUGCGCGACAUGGCCGACAUAGCGCCCAUGCUGUCCGUGCUCGGCUACGAUCCGUACGCGAAUCCGCCGGACUAUGGUAAGCCAGAUGCAUGGGUGCAGGACAACACGUCGAAGCUAAAGGCCAAUCGAAUGCUGUGGGAGAGUAAGGCGAAGCAAGUGCUGCAGAUGUCAUCCAGCGAGGAUGACAACACGAACACCAUCAUCAACAAUAGCAACAAUAAGGAUAACAACAAUAAUCAGUACACAAUCAAUAAAAUUAUACCAGAACAACGCGGCAGACAGCGGCUGCAUGUACAGCAGCAACAUCUGCAACAGCAGCAGCAUCAUCCGCAACAGCAGCAACAUCAGCGGCAGCAGCAACAUCAGGAGCAGCAGCAUCAGCAGCAAGAGGAGAGCGAGUCGGAAAGGGAAGCGGAACCGGAUCGAGAACAACAAUUGUUGCAUCAAAAGCCAAAGGAUGUAAUUACGAUAAAGCAGCUGCCAUUAGCCGGCAGUAACAAUAACAAUAACAACAUCAACAAUAACAUCAACAACAAUAUCAACAACAACAUCAACAACAACAACAACAUAGAGGACCCCAUGGCGGAUACAUGAUAUCCGCACAUACCCAUAAGACUGCCGCGCGGCAAGCAUUGAAACUGGGUAACUAACUCUCUUGGCUGCCGAUAAGGACAACGAUAAUGAUAACUGUUGCUGCUGCUGCAAGAAACCAAUUUUAAAUUGUAUUAGCUUGAUAUGUGUAUAUGCAAAUGAUGUACUUGGAUUAAUGCUUCGUCAAGUUACCAAAAAAACAGCAGAAAAGCAAGCAAUUAACAUACAACACACAAGUAGUUACACUCUAAAGAAACGUUUUUGUGACGAAAAGACUUAAAGUUGCAGGGAGAAAUGCCAAUUUAAAAGCCAACCUCGCCCUGCGUCCUGCGCCCCCUUUUAAUUCGCAGUAAUUUAUUUAUACCUUAAUAUCUCUUAACUGGAUUUACCUUAAUGCGGGCUGGGCGUUGAAUUAUUAAAUUUAUUGUGCAAUGAAUUGCUUCAUUUGUUCCAUUCAAAUGGUCACUACAAUUACUAUUACCUUAAUUAGCAGCUCUCAACAUAUUCAACUGAUAAGCUACUUAAUUUAAUGAAAAACUGCAUUCAUAUAAUUCAGUUUGAAUUUAGUUGAUUAAAUGCGAUUUUGAGUCUUUUGUUUUAUCGAGCGGUUGGCAUUUACCCCCCUUUCCACGUCGUCUUACAGUCAAGAAACGCACUGUAUGCCUAAAUAUUAAUAAAUGUGUUGCAACAAAAAAUGAUAACCACCAAAAGAAGCUGAAGAAAAAACGAGGAGUUUUUGCAAUAAUAAAGAUGCAGGAAAUCCAUUGCAUGCUCACACCGACCUCGUUUACAAGAAAAAUAAAAACAAAACAUUUUAAUUUAGUUUAGAAUUCUUUUUUAAGCCUUUUGUACGAAUGUUUUUUGAGAGACUCGUGUCGGUUUAUCACCUAGAACCUUUUUUUUUUUUGUAUCUGUAAUUGUGUACAUAAAAUAUAAAUAUCUGAAUUAUGUUUCCCACUAAUCGAAUGAAUCUCUACCUGAAAUUCGUCUAUGGGUUCGCGGAAUCUUUAUAGAGUUUUAUAAAGAGUAAGGAAUACAAUAUAACAUUAAGCACUGUUUAUAGUUUGCAAACGGUAGGACAAAGCAAAACGAAACCCAUUUAGAAGUGUUACAUUUUUAACGAGAAGAGCUUUUAAGAUGUUUAGUUUAUUAAUUGUAAUCGCAUAUAAAAUAUUUGCUGCUGAUGACAAAGAAAAAAAGACGUGAACUAGUAUAGAAAUAUUAAAAUUUUGUAAACUUUUUUUGUGUUGCAAUAAAUUGACUGAAUGUAAAGAAACCCAAUUUAAUAAAACCAUAUAUAACUAUAUAUAUAAAUGUAUACCUUAAACUGAGUGUCUAAAUGUAUAUGAAAGUUGUAAUAGAUUUUAAAUGUAUAUGUGUGCGUGCGGUAAGGGAAUCGAAGAAUCGAAGUUAGCUAAGCUAAAUUAUUUGGUCUAGGAAAUUUACUUCAAACUCAAAUGGCUGACCUAGAACAGUGAAAGAACGAUUACAGCAAUAUAAGGACACAAACUUAAUGUUUUAUUUGUAAAAGAUGACGGGUUUUUGGACAGACUGUACUUACAAUUCGAAGUUUGACAGUUAUUACAUUAAAAAUUUGACAAAAAGAAACCUUCUACGCAAACUGUAUUCCCAACUUUAAUACUUCCCAUCUUCUUCAGUCAUUUGAAUUUGAAGGUGGUUUUUUUUAUAACCUUUUUUUUUUUGUAGCAAGGAGUAUAUCCUUGCACACAGACAGACACUCACACAGACACACGAGCCUUGUCCGUCCUAACUGCUGUGUGUGUGCGAACAGGAUGGCUAUAUUAUGUACUUACUUGUCGUUAGCUUUGUGCUCAAAGAAAACUAUUUAUGUUUGUUUGUUAUAAUUAAUUUCAAGAAAUAAAAUGAGAAUCGCUGACAAUAAAUAAGGAAAAAAUGAUUGCUUAGAGAAAAUUGAAGUUUAUUUGAUGGCGGCGAUGGAAAAUCCCGCUUGCUCGCUAAUAGCUAAGAAGAAAAUUAAAGGAAAAUAAAGUCAAACAUAAUAUAAAAGAAAAAAGUUUAUAUAAAUGUGGUUUUUUGUAGUCACAGUGCGUGUCGCAACCAUAAAACUAUUCAGUUUUGUGAUUGAAACCGUAUUUAAUUUGUGAACUAUAAUACAAGAUAUAUAUAAAUGUGAAACGUAAACUAUUUUUGCUAGCUUUUAAGAUGCAUUUUUUUUUUCCUCAAAAUUACGCCUGUAUGUAUGUAAUAUGCAUAACUAUCUUAAUACACAUGUAUUAUAUAUUGUAUUGUACAUUUUUUUUUGUGUGUGGAAUUGCUGCAGUUAGGACAGGAAUCCAGACACCAAUGUUGAGAAACUAGCGAUCUACUUGCAGCUGACAGACAAUCAGAGUUUAAACGAACUUAAAAUUACACUAUAUUGCACUCCCCUCCGUAAUUCCAAAUUAUUAUUAACCCAAUCCGUUCACGCCCCAAAACCAUUGAACCAUAACGAAACGUAUUUAGCCAAUUGUAAUCCACGAAAAUAGGUAACUGUACGCUGCAAAGAUCCGAUAUGGAAACGAAUUAAUUCUAAUUACCACACAUUUUCUGUGCGCAGACUGUAGCCUAAGAAAAUUGUACAAUAUUGUAUUGAUAACGACAUCCCGGCAAAAGAUAAACGAUGAAUCAAAAAAAAAAAUAUAUAUAUAUCUACGAAAUUAUACUGUACAAGAAUAAAAUAAAUCAACUGAGGAAACAAUAAAAGUUAAACAUAAAUGUAAAAUCAUGCAACCGA